CUCCCCUAAAGACCCAGACCCCGCCUCCUCGAUCUCCUCCGGUACUGAAACCAACACGUUCAUCAAUCCAACAACAAACUAACCUCAACGUUAACACCGCACUUACUGCAUCUUCUUUACAUUGGACCAAAACUCACAAAAGUGAUUUCAGCCAAAAUGCCUCUGGCUAAGGAUCUGAUGCACCCCAGCCUUGCAAUGGAGAGGAUAAGACACAAGAAGAAGAGGCUGGUGCAGAGUCCCAACUCCUACUUCAUGGAUGUUAAGUGCACAGGCUGCUACAGGAUCACCACCAUCUUCAGCCAUUCUCAGACAGUGGUUCCCUGUGCAGGCUGCUCUUUAGUCCUUUGCCAGCCAAGAGGAGGGAAAUGCAGACUAACUGAAGGCUGUGCUUUCAGAAAGAAAAUUUCUUGAUCAGAAAUCUAACAAAACACCCCAGGCAGCAGAUUGGACCAUGGAUAAAUGAGUGUGAGCCUCAAACUUCAUGAUUUUAAAUGUGGCUAAGAGAAAUGUCAUCCCCCUGUGGGGUUUCGUUGGACGGAGCAAGAGAGGAGCAAUGCAAGUUUAAAAUAAACUUAAAUACAUGAAGACAUUGUGAUUAUAUGCUCAGAUUUAAUUCUAUGUAUAUCUGAUUAACAAAAUGAAGCACUUAAUGUCGUGUAGUUACGAUUACUUCUAUUGACAAAGUAAAACAUGUUUUUUAAUCAUCCAAAUGCACAAAAAAGUCAGAUGAGUCAUGAUUUCUGUAAAACAUUUAUUAGGUUGACAUAGAGGGGGGGUGGUGGUGAAUGAAACAUUUCAAAAUGGUCUUGAUCACGUGUGAGGUGCUUUCCAUGGCCCUGGCAUGAGAUGAAACCAUGAUGACCAUCACAAACAAAAAAGAAAUAAAACAAUUUAAGAAUUUA